GUCCGUCCUCUCUCUCUCUCUCUCUCUGAAACAAAGCUCUUGGCGCCUAUCACUCCCUCUCUUUCCAUCCCUCGGUUUCGUCGCCAAUUCUUCGGAUUUCGUGGCCGAAACCAAAACCCUAAUUUCUCUUGCCAUCUCUCCCAAUUUCAUUUUUUAUAUCUCUUUUAAUUUCAAAUAUUCGCUCUUCAUUUCCCCAACGUUUCCCUGAUGCAUCUUGGUAUCUUCAACUAACAACCCAUUAUCUCGAUCUAGAUUUCCACAACUUUUACAUACAGUUUGCAAAUGGCGAAAGGUAGCAAAGGACGACGUAGAAUUGCUUUCCGGCAAUUAAGGCCAACCCCAUACUCGUUGUCCUCUCGUCGUCAAGGGAUCUCUGGGGACUUGUACCCCAAAAAAUGUUCCAAAACUUUGGAUAACAAAGAUUGGGAAGAUGCAACAUGUUCUGUUUGCAUGGAGUGCCCUCACAACGCUGUUCUUCUUCUAUGUUCAUCCUAUGACAAGGGCUGCCGUCCCUACAUGUGUGGAACUAGCUUCCGAUACUCAAACUGCCUUGACCAGUACAAGAAGUUCUACACUAAAGUAGUCUCAUCCAAUCAUGAAGAACCCUUGCAUAGUUCUGUUGAUAAUCCAGUUCUGGCGCCAGGUUCUGGUUGGACUGUUGAAAAGUGUGAAGUAACAGAACUUGCAUGUCCACUUUGCAGGGGUCAGGUGAAAGGAUGGACUGUGGUGGAACCUGCAAGGGAAUUUUUGAAUGCUAAAAAGAGAAGCUGCAUGCAGGAUGAUUGCCCCUUUGUUGGGACUUUUAAGGAACUAAGGAAACACAUGAGAGCAGAUCAUCCAUGUGCUCGGCCACGUGAAGUGGAUCCUACUCUUGAACAGAAAUGGAGAAGGCUUGAACGGGAGCGGGAGCGGGAGGAUGUGAUCAGCACAAUAAGGUCAACAAUGCCAGGGGCAAUGGUUUUUGGUGAUUAUGUAAUAGAAGGAAACCAUCAUGGUCUUGAAACAGAUGAAGAGGAUGGGCCUAAUGCAGAUGCUGCGGAAAGGAAUGGAGGUUUUGAGGUAGGAUUAGAUAAUAAUUUUGUGAAUUUCUUUCUUCUGCUGCAUGCAUUUGGGCCAUCAGGGAAUGACCUUGGUAGACGACCAAGGCAGCCUACUCAUGCAGUAGAUGAGAAUGCUGUUGGUAUUCGUCACACCUCUCCUGUUGGGGGUCUGGGUUUCUCUGAUCAAGAUGAUGACAAUUUUAGUAAUGAUGACGAUGAUGAUGGUGGCAAUAUUUCAUUGGUUAGCCGCCUCCGCCAUCAUGGCAGACUUCUUUUGGGACGUUCAGGUAGAAGACGGAGACGAAGAGAAGCCAUGGGAGGUCAAAUAUAGAUCAAAGUGAUACCUAGAGAGGGGGGAAACAGGAAAGGUUACAUAUCUCCAUAGCGUUAGGCAAAAUUUAGGAAAACACAUAAAAAGAUUAGACUUUAAAUUUGCACUGAUUUACUUCUCAUUCAUUUUAGGGGGAAUAUCUUAAUAUCGAAAGGCUGCCUGGGAAAGUGGGUGGUGGAAAAGAUGGCUGUUUUCCUUUGUUGUUGUGUACCUAUUUGGAUGUAAUUCAUAAAUUCCUUUCCCUUUCCUCCUAUCAGUUGAAUUCAUCUCGCUAUGUAAACAUGUAAUUUCUUCAGUUAACUUCUGUUAAUCAUCCACUCCUGUGUAUAUAGACUUGUGUAGUGUAAAAGAGAAACCUCAGUUCUUUUCACAGGAUGAGGAUGCAUAGAAACUAUGCAGAUUGAAAAGUCUUAAUUUGCUAGAGAACCUUGAUUGUAUUUUAGGGGCUGGGAAUUGAGUCCCGAAAUGAUUGAAACGUGCUAUUGGUUGUUGGUUUUUUCUA